AUGAAUGAUUAUAUGGAUUAUAUCAAGGGAAUUAAAAUAUAUAUAGAUGAUUCAGCUAAUAAUAUUUAGGAAAGAGUAGCUGAAAUUGUUAGAAUAGAUGAUAUUAGAGAUUUGAAUAAAAUGCAAGCUAAAAAAUACAGAAAUCGAAACAAUAAUAAAUAACCAUCUCUUGUUACUUUAGGUGAAGUAUCUCAAGCUGAAAUUGAAUUAUAAAAAUUGUAUUAGCAAAAUUAAUAACUUUAUGAAAAGAUGAAAGAGUUAGAAGAAUAAAAAACAAACCUUAAAUUUUAACUAGGAAAAUACAGAUAAUUAAUAGCUGAUAAAAGAAAAAUGUUAAAUAAAGAAUGUAGAGAUGGUUUUUAAUUGCUUACAUAAACAAGAAGACCUAGAAUCUUGAGUGAAAAAAAGAGUAAGUCUCCUUAAUUAUUUAUUACUUCCACUAUGUCUUAAUAGAAACUAACUCAAGUUCAUAUUCUAUUAAGAGAUGUAAUGAGGACUGAAAGAUAAAUUCAAUUUAUUAGAAGCAAUCGAAGAUAUACUUUUGAUUAAUUUAUGCAAUUAAACAAAAAGAAUAUUUUAGCUACAUACAUAAUCAUUUACCAAAAAUUAAACAAUGUUUUCUCGAAUUCUCAUUUAAAAGAACUAAAUAAUCCAAAAUUCUAUAAUUUUUAUAUAAUAUACUAUUUUUUAUUUAAAUAUAGUUGUUAACAUCCUGAAGAAUUAUUAUACAUGUUAAUAAAGAAUAAUAAUAAAUCUUGA